UUUUUAAACAAAGUUUUUAUUCAAUUUAGAUCUUUAGAUUCAAUUUCAACCCAUUUCCGAUUAAAAAUGGAAGAAGAAUUUUCAAUGUUUAUUAUGAGCAUGAGCAAUAGUAUGAGCAGCCUAUGGCCUGCUCCAAUUGAAAUGGAUUCAAUAGACGAGGGAACUGAAAACGUCGCAAAUAUUGCAUCCAGAUGGUCUACCUGCUGCAAUAUAAUCCGUCUGCAUAUCGAACAAAUGAUUGGUUGUGAGGUUGACGUGGCGGUGGCUAAAAGCACCGAUCUCGGAGUCAGCAUGACGCGUGGAAAUUCUGAUAGCAAGCUUGAGCCUAUUUCAACUCUACUUUCAACAAUUUCAAAGACAAUUGAAUCAAAUGGCGAGGCGAAUGCGGAAUUUGCUAUUCGGGAAAUCGAAAAAAUGAAUAAAAGCUGCGAAACAGAGUAUAAAAUCAAGAAAUUUCACUGGUUCAUCGAUGUCGAGAUGUUCCUGAAUAUUAAACUGGCAUUGCUCGACCGCGAAUUUCCACCAAAUCUUACUGUUUACGUCAUCGGUGAACUGAAAACUCUUUACGACGAUUAUGAAGCUGCAAAGGAAGUUGCUACAAAUUUUGAACGAUCUAGUGUAAACCUACGAUUCUUAUUGUGUCCCGCUGAUUUGAAAGAACUGAACCGAGAAAUUAUUGCGGAGAAACGGCAAAAAAUGAGCGAAAAGGAAAUUAUUUGUAGAUUUGGAAGCGAUAAAUUCAAGAUUAAGCUAUUCAAGAAACAAAAAAUAGGAAGCCAUGUAACACUGAUCGACUCUAUUUCAUUUCUCGGAUUUUUGCCUGAAAUCGAGCUCUGCCGUCAGGGAUUCCUGGGAAGCAAACGAUCAAAUAAGCUGAAAAUGGACAUUACAACAGAUUCUAAACUUGGAAAUAAGAUUCUUUUUUCCUUAUCACAGUACUUGUUAAACGAAACGAAACGUCCUCAAACUGCUCUUUUCUCGUUCUCUUCAAAACCGAAACUUCGUGGAUUCUGUAUCAUGGUGGCGUAUGAGAGUGAAAACGAUGAAACAUCAAUCACCCUGAUUCAACUCAAAGCAUCUCUGGGAAAAUGUCUCUGGAAAACCCUGAAAUUUGUAAAUCAGUCAGGUGAACAUUCUAGACCGCUUCCCGACGACUCAUACGAGCAAAUUGCACCGAUAGAACGGAAGCAGCUGAAACGAAGAUUGUCUCGAAUCGAACGGAUCGCUUCUUCAGUUGAAGAAAAAAGAGCACAAUUUGAGGCUUUCGCCAGGGAAUAUGACGCUUUGGAUGCUCGAGACGCCUUCAUGAAGUUCACUUCCACGUGGCAAACGGAUCAGGGACUUUUGACAGCGCCCACGCCCUUCGAAGAUGAUAAUAAUAAUAAAUGAUUUAUUUUUUGAGAUUUUUAGAGGAUCGAAUUUUAGAAUAAAGCACUUGGAAUUUAUAG